AUGGACGGCGAUUUUUCUUUAGAUUCAGUAAAAUGUAAAUAUCUAUAUCUGCAGAUUUUGACAGACACACAGAUGUGUAGCAAGAUUUUCAACAAACAAACUAACAAACAAACAAGUAAAUCGCAUAUAACUCUACAUCUGCUUACAACCACAACAUCGGCCGCGCUCCAGGAUUGGAGUAGGCAUUUUGUUCGAACACGUCUCAUCACAAGAACUUUCAUUAAUUUGCACGCGUCAACAAACUCUACUUUUUAUACUUUUCAGCAGCUAGACCGACUUAUUGCACUUCCACGUAUACCUGUUUCUGUGUCUCGCGUGGUUUCUGUAUUGGACAACUCUGUAUCAAUUAUAGUUUUCACUUUUUUUUGAACAUACUUACUACUAUUUACGUACUCGUCGCAUCUUCUACGCCUACCCACUUUUUGUUUCUCAUCGUUUUCCCCUAUUUUGCCGAUCGAAGCGAAGCUUUCACAUUUUCCGAAAGUUUGUUGACAUUCCUUGAGAUAACGUGGAUCGAUGCAGAUUUACAUUCUGAUCUUUCCCAUGUAUUUCCAUAUACGACCACAGUGUUAGAAUCUCAGCCACUCACUCAUUGAGCGUCUUUGUCGAUCAUCCUGGAACAACCCAUAUAGUUCAAGCACAACUAGAAAUGAAAAGCAAUGGUCAACAUAAGAGCAUCGUAGCCCGAUCGAUUCUGCUUCCCGUGAGAUGGCUUUAAUUUCAGGUCUGCAUUUUCCUCCCAGAAUAAAGAAAGAUGAGCAGGGAGUUGCUAGGCGAAACGCUUUUGUGAUAGCAAAAUCGCAGGAGGCGCAGAUACUAAGCGCGACGACUUGCUCAAGCUCACUUCUACACAAAACUUGAUAGAGAGUAAGCGAAUAAGAAAGCGAACAGUAAUUUUCACAUAGUACAGCUAGUAAAAUAAUCUUGCUCAGGCUCACUUCUACGCAAAACGGAUGCUCAGGCUCACUUCCCUCUGGGACUCAUUUUACUUUUCAGUAUAAAACAAAAACUGCUUUCACGAGAACAACCGGCUGGCACCUCGCGGAGCCGAAAAAA